UUCUACGCCCUUGACCUUCCUGCUCGUAUGACGACACAUCAAAACAAUAACGUUUGACAAUUUGCUGAUGUGGACUUUUUGUUUCAGAAUAACAUGAUUGGAAAUGAGAGAAUAAAAGGAUGAAUACGGCUCUGAGACACUGGAAGGAAGCCGCGACGGUCAUACUAGCUGCUGGUACGAGACAUAAACUCACUGUAGAUAGUUUGACAAGGUGUGUCGAUAAAGGCACCUCUACACCUGCGAUCAGUGGACAUCCCAACUUGCCUGACAGGUUCGACUUCGACUAUGAAGUGUUGUUGUUGAAACGAAGCGGUACGAGUGGUUUCAUGCCGAAUGCUUAUGUCUUUCCCGGCGGUAUGGUGGAUCCGUCAGAUUUCUCAAGUCAAUGGCUUGAUCUUUUUAAAUCUUUUCGGAGCUCACUGAAUUUUGGACUGGGAUUUGUGAAACAGCCUCCGGAGACGAGACCUCCUAUCUUCUCCACGGACAGAAAGAAACUGGGUUCUCCCGUUCCAGGAGACGUCGCAUUGAGAAUCUGUGCAGUGAGGGAAACGUUUGAGGAGUCAGGUGUACUUCUAGUCGUGUCAAAAGAGGAAGAGAGUAUUUUACUGAAUAACAACAUCGAGAACAACAGAUACAGUCAGUCUGAAUUAACCAGAAUAACCGAUCUCUGUGACAAGAGUGAAUUGGCUAAAUGGAGAGUGUUGGUAAACGAGAACCCCUGUAACUUCAUCAGGAUGUGUAGGGAGCUGGAGUGUCUACCUAACAUCUGGGCUCUGCAUGAAUGGGGUAACUGGCUGACCCCUACUGGUGUGUACGGGAAACAGAGGAGGUACGACACGGCCUUCUACAUCUGCUGCUUGCAGGAAACACCAUCUCACACCCUACAAGACCAGAAGGAAAUUGUGCACUUUAAGUGGUCCACCCCCUCAGAGAUCCUCCACAGCUACCAGGCCAGAGAGAUGUGGAUAGCCCCUCCACAGUUCUAUGAUCUCAGCCGUAUGUGCCGGUUCCCCUCCCUGCAGGACCUCCACAGCUUCUCCAGACAGAGAGCUUCAGAGGGCUGUGAACAGUGGCUCCCUGUCCGCAUGGUGUCAGACAGCUGCUACAUAUCACUCCUCCCAGGUGACGAGCUCUACCCAGAGGAAGGGUCGUGUCAGAUGGAUGUGACCCUGAACACAGACCAGAGCCUUGAUGAGAUACAUCAGGGCUGCUCAGCACUGCACCGUAUCGUAGCCUUGGACCCCUACACCGCUGCUGCCGUCGUCACCAUCACACCCAAAUACAACCACCUGCUGCCCUUCACACGGUCCAUCCUGAGAACCAGCAGUCAGCUCUGAGAGAUGGGUUGACACUCAAAUGGAAACCCUAUUUACAAUUACUUUUCAGCAGAGAUACACAAAUAUCUGGUCAACAUUAGUGCACUACAUAGGGAACAGGGUUCCAUAGGGCUCUGGUCUAAAGUAGUGCACUAUAUAUGGGGAAUAGGGUUCCAUAGGGCUCUGGUCUAAAGUAGUGCACUAUAUAUAGGGAAUAGGAUGCCAUAGGGCUCUGGUCUAAAGUAGUGCACUAUAUAUAGGGAAUAGGAUGCCAUAGGGCUCUGGUCUAAAGUAGUGCACUAUAUAGGGAAUAGGGUGCCAUAGAGCUCUGGUCUAAAGUAGUGCACUACAUAGGGAAUAGGGUUCCAUAGGGCUCUGGUCUAAAGUAGUGCACUAUAUAGGGAAUAGGGUGCCAUUUGUGACUCAACCCAUGUAUUGUACUGUACAGGCCUGCUGCUAAGGUCUCACUGCUGGUUUCCCUACUACUACCUGCCAAAGGGUUCCCGAGUGGCGCAGCGGCCUAAGGCAGUUCAUCUCAGUGUUAGAGGCGUCACUACAGACCCUGGUUCGAUUCCAGGCUGUAUUAACUGACUAGCCUAGAUUAAACAAAGAUUAAAUAAAUAAAUGUAUUACAUUCUGGGACAAUGGAAA